AUGGAGCAGAAGGCGGGGAAGCCCUCUGAGGACGGGGCCACUGUCCCCCCAGCCGCGGAGGCCCCGGAGGCCGCGGGAGGCGGCGGCUCUGCGGAGGAGGCGGCCGCAGGCCCCGCCGAGAGCGCCGCCAGAGCGGGCGAUCAGGAGCGGGCCCCGGCCGAGGACGGCGUUCCCGCUGAAUGCCAGGCAGACGGGCUGGGUGAGGUCAAGGCGGAAUCCCAAGGGGAGGCUGGCCUUCAGCAGGAAGACAGGGGGCAGGGAGAGACCACCGCGGCCCCUGGGAAGACCGACAGGAGCGACCAGACCCACUCUGAGCCCGCGGGGGCGCAGAGAGAAGGGGAGACCGCGUCGGCCUCUGAGAAGCCGAGGGCUGACGAGAAAGAGGCCAGGCCUGGGUCUAGGGAGAGCGUCGACGCGAGCGGAGAGGCCCAGGCCGAGCUGAAGCACGCUUCCGCGGCGCAGGAGGCCGAGGCUGGAGGCAGGGAGGCCGAAGGGAAGGGCGAGGCCGCCGCGGCCCCUCAGGAGGCGGGCGGCAAGGCGGAGAAGCCCCAGGCCGCAGCCCAGGAGGAAGCCGGCGCUCCAGCGGCCCAGCCGGACUCUCCGAAGACGGCCGCCGGGGCGGAGGAGGCCACGCCCGAGCCACAGGAGGAGGAGGCGACGGAGGGGGUGGUGAGUGCGGAAGCGGGGAGGAGGGCGGGGGCCCCACGGCGGCCCAGAGUCGCCCCCAGAGCCCCCGGGCCGCUUUAUUCCUCCGGGAAAGUCUCAGAGCCUGGCUCGCAGAGCCUCGGGCAGGCACGAGCCCACCCAGCGCGUACCUUCCAGGAGCCGGGAGGCCCCGCUGACGAGCAGGACGAGGGUGCAGGGGCCGAGGCCGAGGACGGGGCGGGGGGGCCUCCCAGCUCCCCGGAGGUAUGGCCCGAGAGCCCCACGGAGGAGGGCGGCAGCGCCAGCCCAGAGGGGCUGAGCCCAGACACCGCGGCUUCUGAAGAGCCAGGUCCUUCAGCCAGUGACUCUUCGCCCAGUGAUGUGCCCCAGAGCCCCAAGGAGGCCCCUCCGCCAGAGGAGAAGAAGAAAGAGAAGGCACCAGAGCGCAGGGUGUCCGCCCCUACCCGGCCCCGUGGACCCCGAGCUCAGAACCGCAAGGCCAUCGUGGACAAGUUUGGGGGGGCGGCCGCGGGCCCCACGGCGCUGUUCCGGAACACCAAGGCGGCCGGCGCGGCGGUGGGUGGCGUUCGCAACAUGCUGCUGGAGUGGUGCCGCGCCAUGACCAGGAGCUACGAGCACGUGGACAUCCAGAACUUCUCCUCGAGCUGGGGCAGCGGCAUGGCCUUCUGCGCGCUCAUCCACAAGUUCUUCCCCGACGCCUUCGACUACGCGGCGCUGGACCCCGCGCAGCGCCGCCACAACUUCACGCUGGCCUUCUCCACCGCAGAGAAACUGGCCGACUGUGCCCAGCUGCUGGAGGUGGACGACAUGGUGCGGCUGGCGGUGCCCGACUCCAAGUGCGUCUACACCUACCUCCAGGAGCUGUACCGCAGCCUCGUGCAGAAGGGGCUGGUCAAGACCAAGAAGAAAUGAGGGGCUGGCCAGUGCUGGCCCGGAGGCGCCCUUCAGCUCC